AUGCCGUCCUCGAUCAACGAGUUGAGUUUGCGCGGCUUCGCAGACGGUCUCACCAGUCCUGCGGCCGACUCAGCGGAAACAGGCGGGGUUUGCGCCACAGGAACAACAGCCAGGUCUGAUAACGGGUUCAGAUCGUCCACGCUGACUCCUGUGUCCACCAGAUGGGAUGGAGCCACCACUGGGAGUGGACGUGGUGUGGCAAUGGUCGUUGUGGUGACCACGCGAUGCAGUUGGUUGUAG